AUGCGUACGUGUGCUUUAGGUUUUGACGUGAUACUGCGCAAUGAGCUGCUGGAUGGCGCGGGUGUGGUGCCGUUGGGCCACGCCACACACAGUAUGUGGCUGGACGACAAAGUGCGGUACAUCAAACGACAGCAGUCAGUGCUACAGUACAGUGUAGGUAGGGACGCCCGGAGCAACGGGAGUAAUGCGAGCGGAUCUACUCUGAGCAACAUUGGAAUGUCGCCGCUGAGUAUGCACAGUCAGUGCUUGCUGGUGUCGCCCCGCAAGACACCGCGCAAGAUUGCGAAAGUGCCAUUUAAAGUGUUAGACGCACCCGAUCUGCAGGAUGACUUCUAUUUGAAUCUGGUGGAUUGGUCGCAGCAGAAUGUCCUGGUGGUUGCGCUUGGGGCCAGUGCCUAUCUUUACUCCGCAUGCACGUCACAGGUGACUAAGCUGUGUGAUCUGACUGAAGAAGGGGAUGCCAUCACUUCAGUCAAUUGGAUCGGCAAAGGCAAUUUGCUCGCAGUGGGGACCAACAAGGGAUUCGUCCAGAUAUGGGAUGUACAGAAGGGCCGGCGCUUGCGGUCACUGACGGGGCAUAGCUACCGCGUGGGAGUACUCGCCGCCAAGGGCUCCUACUUGGCCUCAGGAAGCCGAGACAGGAACAUCAUCAUGCGAGACAUCCGCGUUAAGGAACACAGCGUAGGCGAGAUGCACGGCCACCGCCAAGAAGUGUGUGGCCUUAAAUGGGCCUACAACAGACCGUAUCUGGCAUCGGGUGGCAAUGACAAUCGUCUGCUGAUUUGGGAUGUUAAAACGCUCUCUACGCGGAAGGCGAAUGCCAGCAGUACCGCCAAUCCUGACGAUUACGAGUGGUCCAAGCCCUAUUCCGAAUUCAAGGAGCACGAGGCGGCUGUCAAGGCCAUCGCAUGGAGUCCGCACCAGGCAGGCCUAUUGGCGUCAGGCGGAGGAACAGCCGACAGGUGUAUACGCACAUGGAAUGUCAUGACAGAACAACCCCUGCAGUGUGUUGAUACGGGUUCGCAAGUGUGCAACAUCGCGUGGUCUAAGACGUCCAAUGAGAUCGUCAGCACUCACGGCUACUCGCAGAACCAGAUAGUGGUGUGGAAGUACCCGUCAAUGGCUCAGGUGGCCAAGCUUACAGGCCAUACGUUCCGUGUGCUGUACCUUGCCAUGUCACCUGAUGGGCAGACCAUUGUGACGGGUGCGGGUGAUGAGACGUUGCGUUUCUGGAACGUUUUCAACAAAUGCCGCGCAGUGAAAUCCAAGUCAGUGCUGGAGUUAGGAACAGCAUCCAUCAGGUGACACCAAGGAAGUACACACACAACACACAACACACACACACACACACAACAUACAACUCACAACACCCCCUUGCAUGUCACAUGCACACCAUAGGAACAUAUGAACAUCAGGUGAUACAAAGGAAGCACUGACGUGUGCGAUGGCCACCAACGGCAUAGGCAAUCAGACACAGACACACACACAUACACACACACACAACACUCAACACACGGUUCAUGCGCACCAGUGGGCCACACAGCCAUGGCCUGUUGCCACAGUUGACACUGUUG